ACAAUAACAAAAAAAAAUCUCUCAGUCUCCUAAAAUAUUAUACAUUAGUAACCAUGAUCAUGAAGAAACCUGUGAAGUACUUUGUGGUUGAUGCGUUUAGUGAGUCAGCGUUUAAGGGGAACCAAGCAGCAGUGUGCAUUCUUGAAGAGGAGCAUGAAAGAGACGAUGCAUGGUUUCAAUCUCUUGCUGCCGAAUUCAACAUGUCUGAAACUUGUUUCGUGACUCCGAUCAGUGGCUUUGAUGCUCGCUUCAUUCUCCGUUGGUUUACCCCUACACUCGAGGUGGAUCUUUGUGGUCAUGGAACUAUGGCAUCAGCUCAUACUCUCUUGGCAAACGGCUUGGUUGAUUCAGACAAGGUUGAAUUUGUAACACAAUCAGGGAUUCUUACAGCCAAGCGGGUUCCAGAUACUUUGAAGCAAAACAAAAGUAAAGUGAAAGGAGGAUCUUUCUGGAUUGAAUUGGAUUUCCCUGUGGUUCCAACAUGUGAGUACAAUUACAACUACAAGGACAUCAUCUUCUCCAUGUUUUCCAAAGCCUUAAAUGGAGCUACCAUUGUUGAUGUCCAAGGAACCACAUCUGAUAAAGCGAGUUCAACCGAUAAAAUCAUUGUUGUGCUUCCAUCAUGGGAAGCUGUCGCUCAAGUGCAACCAAGAAUGGAUGAAAUGUUGAAAUGCCCUGGAAAAUUGAUAAUUGUUACAGCUGCUGCCCCUGAAGGAUCGGUCUAUGAUUUUUGCAGCCGGUUCUUUUCUCCCAAACUAGGAGUUGAUGAGGACCCUGUGUGUGGAAGUGCACAUUGUGCCUUAGCACAUUACUGGAGCCUCAAGAUGAACAAGUGUGAUUUCCUAGCUUACUCGGCGUCUACAAGGAGUGGAACAGUGAAGGUUCAUUAUGACAAGGAGAGGCAGAGAGUUUUACUCAUUGGUAAAGCAGUCACUGUGAUGGCAGGCUCUAUCUUCGUGUAAUUUUGACUUUUAAAAGUCAAGAUUUUGACAACAUUUGAAAGCAAAUAGACACUUUCACAUGAGUUGGAUUAAUAAACUUAUCUGUAAUACUUAAUGAGUCAUUUGCCAAUAAAUCAAAGAAGUCUACUUUUCUCU